AUGCUCUGGCUGCUCUGCGGCCCCUCCCGCGCCAUGGAGAGCCAGGCGCUGGUGAUCCGCAUCAAGAUCCCCGACGGCGGGGCCGUCGACUGGACCGUUCACUCGGCGCCUCAGCUGCUCUUCAGGGACGUGCUGGAUGUCAUUGGUCAAGUUCUGCCGGAUGCAACGACAACAGCGUUUGAGUAUGAAGAUGAGGAUGGUGAUCGGAUUACUGUUAGAAGCGAUGAAGAAAUGAAAGCCAUGCUAUCCUAUUAUUACUCCACUGUGAUGGAACAGCAAGUAAAUGGACAGUUAAUAGAGCCUCUACAGAUAUAUCCAAGAGCCUGCAAGCCUCCUGGGAAACGGAACAUACAUGGCCUGAAGGUAAAUACGCGAGCAGGGUCUGCUAAUAAUAGCAGUUCGGCAGUCUCGGAUUCCCUUCCAAGCAAUAGCUUAAAAAAGUCUUCUGCAGAGCUGAAGAAAAUCCUUGCAAAUGGCCAGAUGAAUGAACAAGACAUACGGUAUCGAGACAUCCUCGGUCAUGGCAAUGGAGGCACAGUCUACAAGGCAUAUCAUGUCCCUAGUGGAAAAAUACUAGCAGUAAAGGUCAUACCCUUAGAUAUAACACUGGAACUCCAGAAGCAGAUAAUGUCGGAGUUAGAAAUUCUUUAUAAGUGUGACUCAUCAUAUAUCAUAGGAUUUUAUGGUGCUUUUUUUGUAGAAAACAGAAUCUCAUUGUGUACAGAGUUCAUGGAUGGGGGUUCUUUGGAUGUUUAUAGAAAAAUUCCGGAACACGUACUCGGAAGAAUAGCAGUAGCUGUUGUGAAAGGCCUUACCUAUUUAUGGAGUCUAAAGAUUUUACACAGAGAUGUGAAGCCGUCUAAUAUGCUGGUGAACACGCGAGGCCAGGUGAAGCUGUGUGACUUUGGGGUUAGCACUCAGCUGGUGAAUUCUAUAGCCAAGACGUAUGUUGGAACAAAUGCUUAUAUGGCGCCUGAGCGGAUUUCAGGAGAACAGUAUGGAAUUCAUUCGGACGUUUGGAGUCUAGGGAUUUCCUUCAUGGAGCUUGCUCUUGGGAGGUUUCCAUAUCCUCAGAUUCAGAAAAACCAGGGAUCUUUAAUGCCUCUCCAGUUAUUGCAGUGCAUUGUUGAUGAGGAAUCGCCCGUCCUUCCAGCCGGGGAGUUCUCUGAGCCAUUUGUACACUUCAUCACUCAAUGCAUGAAAAAGCAACCAAAGGAAAGGCCAGCGCCUGAAGAUUUAAUGGGCCACCCGUUCAUUGUGCAGUACAACGACGGGAACGCAGAAGUCGUGUCCAUGUGGGUGUGCAGGAUGCUUGAGGAACGGCGAUCGACCCAAGGACCGCAGUGAACCGCACUGGCUCACAGCACCGCGCGAAACAGCAGCUCGCCCUGGGCUAGCAGCACCAGCCCCGCGCUUCGGACUCUCAGUCUCUCUGGAUCGUAUUUUACUAACAAUAUUUUCGAGAAGCAUCAACAAAAUCUUUCAGGAUAUUUGUUGCUGCCUUUCCCUCUCCACCACAUUAAGGAAUUUUCUUCCCACGUUUCUUUUGUUGCUGAGCAAUUUAAUGUCCUCAGAUUAUCUUCAGUUCAACUGUACACAGCCUUAAAGCAAGUAUUUUAUAUCUAUAUUUUUUGUUAUUGAAUGUAUUGUAUAUUUCCUGGCUCCGGAGUAUUUUUUAACUUAGUCUUUUGCUAUUGUACGAAUGACACGCUGAGUGCUCAGAGGAUUUCCUAAGUUGUUGGCUGUCUUUGAGUGCAGGCAUCCACAAAAUGCUGGUUUUAAAUGUAAAACAAAAGCAAACAAACAAAAAAACCAGAAGUACCUGGCCUUGCCCAUCCUGCGAGGAGGCGAGGGAUUGCCCUUCCAGAGUAAAAGCACUGCAGGUAGAUCAGCAUCGCGCUAUCAAAUGACCCUCUGCUCCCGGGCGCCUGCUGCCGUGGCUCGGCCGCGCAGGGAGCAUCCACGCUCGGGCGCUGCAGCCUGACC